ACUUAUCACGAAAGGGGGAUAAAAAAAUUAAUAUUUUCACAAAAAACCCGCCCACUAAAUGAUUGGCACCGAUGAAAUGUCAUCUACUGGCAUGGAUAUUACUGAAUCCUUUCGACCGGAGGAUUUAUCGAAAACGGAUUUUUUCGAUUUUGUGACAGCACCUGAUAUGGAUAUUGGCAUUGGUGUUGGAGUAAGCCUGCAUCCACAUAACCAUAGUCAUGAACGUAUACCAACAGCGGCCAAUAUAAGUCAUGAUGGCGGCGGUGGAGGUGGAAGUAGCACGGAUGUUAGAGGAAAUGGAGGAAAUAGUAAUAGUAAUCUCAAUAACUCAAAUAAUGGUUGCAGUGAUCCUACGCUGCAGAGCUAUGAGUUCUGGCAUACCGAUAAGGAUCACAGUCGCCUUGAGUCUACCAUAUUCGAAGACCUUGAUCGCUAUUGUUGGCAACAACAAGCUAACACUCAACACCAGUCACCUACUGCACAUACGCAUGCACAAUCACCCACCCAACAAUUGAGCAAUGUUGGAAACUGCAGUAACACUACUCACAAUGCCACUAGCACAUCCUCUCCAACCACAAGCGGUAGCAUUAGCCAACCCAGCAGUACAGGCACUGUCAGCAGCAUUGAUAAUGGUGACGGACAAAUUUACACAUUAACAGUAUUAAACGGCAAUGAGCCAUGGCUUAAACGUGAACCUGACACGCAAUUGGCAAACUCAUUAGAUCUGGACAGCCUAUUGGGCAAUUUUCCUGGUUAUAUUAAGUCGGAAUAUCCAUAUGAUGAUAGUGGUUUUAGCACUGAUGGCACAAAAGAUGCCAAUAGCGAUGCUAAUGGCAUAAGUUUAUCACAAGUAGGCACGCAUCAUGAUCUGUCGGCGGGCACAGUUAGUGGUCAAAGUUUGCCCUCCUUAAUAACAGCCAUAUCAGGAACUGGCAGUAUUAGCCGCCUUGGCAAUAAUCAGCAGUUGGCACAGUUCCAGAAUAACAAUAAUGAUUGGCAUAUGACAAAUCACAAUGCGGAGCAGAACUCCGCAGAAUCACUUCUACGUAGCGCUCUACAAGGUAAAGGAUAUUCGAAGGGUUUGCAAAUGCAAAAUGGUUUAACGUUACUGCCCACAUCGCCCACUAUUAAGGAUGAUGAAAUGCGACGCAUAUUGUUUCCAACUGACACAGAUGCACUUUCCUUUGGCGAUUCCGCUUUAAAUGCCGCACAAAUGUUCGAUGAUACUCAAAGUUCACAUUUAAUUCAACAUUCGCCAGUAGCCAAUGGUUCACUAACCAAUGCCAGCACAAAUGCCAGUAACAGUGUUUCUAGCAUUAUAGUAGAUGAGAUGUUCCUAUCGUUAGAAAGCUUCACCGAUGACUUUGAGAAAAUCAAACGCAUCGCUAAUGAAGUGCAGCAGUUUUGUUCAUCAACACCAACUACUGACUACAGCAGUAAUGAUGUCAUGAUGCAACUCUCGCCAACAAACACACAAAGUGCACAACUCCAACAAUUGCAUUCUCCAGCAACAACACCAACAGGUGGUGUCGUAACAACAACGAUACCAUCGCAGUUAUCAAAUUCAAUGCAUAUGCAGACUGUACCGCCGACACAACCACCUCAACCACUAAAGCCGGAAGUUUCUACGUCAACGGGAAAUCGACUGGCAUCUGUCAGCGGCACAACAACAACGUCAACAAAAACUGUGAAGAAAUAUAAACGCACCACAUCAGCCACACAUAGUAACAAUAACAACAAUCCUAAUGUCAUGAAUCACAAUAACAACGGUGGCAGUAAUAUUGCGAACAAUAACAACGGUAACAGCACCGGCAACAGUGUGGGCAGUACCAGCAGCGGUAGCAGUAGCAGCAAUAGCAGCAAUAGUCCCACACACUGCAAUGGUCAACGUAAGGAGCGCUCACUCCACUAUUGUUCCAUCUGUUCCAAAGGUUUUAAGGAUAAAUACUCGGUGAAUGUGCACAUACGCACCCAUACGGGUGAAAAGCCAUUCGCCUGCUCGCUGUGCGGCAAAAGUUUUCGGCAGAAAGCGCAUUUAGCCAAGCACUACCAGACGCAUAUGGCACAAAAGAAUAAUGGUGGCAUUGUCAAGGGCGGUGGGGUUGCUAAACAUCACCGGAAUACAGCAACUGCCUCGGCUGUAAACACUGCACAGCACCGCGGUAUUAGCGUUAGCAGUGCGGUAUCGAAUGCAAACAUUGUCGCCAAUUCAGCUACAGUUGGGAAUAUUUUGGGUACUAAUUUGCAACUUAAUGGACCCACAACAACAACGACGAGUGCAGUGCUGCCACCUGCUAAUGGUUUGCUUGCUAACAGAUAAUUACUUUUAAGCGAGUUUCUGUGUAUGUACAUAUAUAUUAUUUAUAAGCUAGUUGUUUAUUCUAUUUACUUUUAGUUUUAGUCGUGUUAAUGAUAUUCUUGUUCCUAAUUUUUUAUACGCAAAAUACUUUCGCACAAACAACAACUACUUAUUGAAUUUUAUAAAUUUUUCGAAUUUAUAAAAAUUUAAUUCCUACGACAGUGAGAACUGAAGUAAUUUAUAUGUGAAGCGAAUUUCGUUUCAGUUAAAUGUACACAUAAUUUAGAACCGCUACUACUUUAGUACUAAACACCAAAAUACUCAAAUUAUUUUUUAUUUAUCCAUUCAUCAUUCCAUAUUCAAAUCCUUUACGAAUCCCACUGAAUUUUACAAACGCAAAUAUUUUUGUGUUAUCAUGUUUUUUCAAUUCUUCGAAACUAUUUCAAAAGAAUUAAACAAAUCCAUACUUAAAUAAUAUUAUUCAAUCAAUUUUCUCUGCAGGACACAUAUCCACUCAAUCCACUCAAUAUAAAAUAUCUUUACUAUUGUAUGUUAUGUCUGUAGACUUAUCUCUAUUGCGUAAAACUAAAUCCAUAUUAUCACGAUAUUUAAAGGAACUAUCUCUUCAAAAGAAACGAAACUGCUUUUGACC